GAACGAAACGUUCUUUUUAAAUAGAAGAAGAACAAUAUAAAAGCAAAAUAAGGGAAGAAAGACAAGAGGGGUUGACAAUUCACUGUCAAAUAUGAUGAAGCCGUUGAAAAAAUCUUUUGGAAAACGUGCGCGAACAAGUUGAUGAUGGAAAGAGGGGAUGGGAGGUGAGAGAUAAGAGGAGGAGGAGGAGGAAGAAAGAGGAAAAAUUGCCUACGAAUUUUAGCGUGGUACUUGGAUGACUCGCAGUAGGCAAUAGCGUAAUAGAGAGAGGGGUUGGUCAGACAGAUGGUAUUUUACGGGCGCACGUAGUCCUUCUACACACGUGCCUAUUAACCGGCUAGGCUGGAUCCAUAAUAUAGGCAUGUAGAAGCCGGUACGUUGGAGACCCGUGUGUAGCCCCGACGCAGAGGCGUCGUUCUUCACCAUUGGAGUGGUGGUUGCUGCUCGGGUAUAGGUUGAGUUUCUGUUGGCGGGGUGCUUGAUGGGGCGCAGAACACCUCGGUGGGUGGAUAUUGAGCGACGCCGGGCGUCGUGGCGCACUGUGUCGGAUCAGUCGCCCUUCAGCCACCGCCCCAGAUACGAGUUUGGAGCCACUUCCGGCCAUCCGCUACGCUGGUCCGACGUGCCCUCUAACUCACUCUUUUUCCUUCUUUUUCUCUUUUUAUCUAUCUAAUUAUCUAGCCCAUAUUUCUUUUUCCUAUUUUCCUUCCUCUUAUUCUUAUUCUGUUUCUUUUCAUCGAGAAACAUACGUAAAAAUCUAGUGACUUUAGAAGACAACUGAAAAAGGAACAUCAGAAAAAUGCUUAUCGGGCUAGUGCGCGACUCGAUGCUGCAGUGCUUCUGUCAUAGCUGCAAAGCACCUUUGGAUAUUGUAGCGGGACAGAGGAAGGGUAAUGCGCCCUUCAAGAAACCCAAUGGAAAAGGGACGCGAACCAAGCAACCGAAGAAGGUGAAGUUCAUCACGACCGAAAUACGAUGCCAAGAAAAGUCGAAGGGUGGUAUUUGCUACGAAGUAAUAUUGGCAGAGCCAACGGCACCAAAGAGAGCACCAUCACCACCCCACACUGGGCCAACUCAACAGAUUCCUAUCGAGGAUAAGUUGAGGGAGGCUGAGCAAAGAAGAUUUACUUUGGAAUCUCAUAAGAUAGCCGCUCUUUCCGCAAAACUCAGCAAGAUCGAAGAGGUCGCUCGUAAGAAAGAUGAACUCAGCGCCGCAUUCAUAGCCGCUACUCGCGAAUCCUUGGAUGCAAAAAUGAACAAUACCGAAGAGAAGCGAGAAGCUCAUAUUGCCGAGCUUAAAAAUAAAUUGAAAGAGCACUUGGAGAGCGUAGAGAAGUCUCGUUUGAGUCUCGAGCAGCAAACCGAAGAAGUACGAUGCGCUGUUGAAGAGAAACUCAAGACUGCUGCUGCUCAACGUGACGAAAACAUUAAAAGAAUGUUGGAUCGUCUUAAUAAGCAUGAGGAGCAAGCCGCUCGUGUACGUCAAGGUAUGACCGAACGUGUGCAACAAUUAGAAUCGCAAAUUCAAGGCAAGCUUGAUCAAGCUCGUGAACGCCGAGAAAGUCUGGAACGUGAACAAAAAGAAAAAUUACGUAAUUACAAUACCGUGAAGAUAGCGAAAGUACGUCAGAUGGUGGAUGAGUGCGCCACGAGAGAUCUUCUGGUGAAAAAAUUCGAAUUUAACAAGAGGGUAUCCACUGCGGAGCUAAACCGACAGCGAGAGAUUCAACGCCGUGUGCAGGCUAUUCGCGAGCAUGAAAAACGUGCAGAAAUCGUCAGGCAGAAAAAAGCUGCCAUGGAUGGACAGAAAGGAAAAGGGGAGGAUCAGAAUAUCCUACCUGUCGAAAAUGAAACUGCCAGUUCUGGCUAAAUGAAUUUUUAUUUCUCAAAGUCUAA